AUGUCGCAGUUAAGUGGAUCAUUUGACCUAAAGUGUCUAGACUUCAUCAAGCUUUUGGUGCAGUUAAGUUUGCCAGGUUGUACCUUGUGCACACUCAGUCGUCGAGAGUUGGAACUUUACUAUUACAUGCCUGGAGACAUGUUCAGAGUUUUCCCUGUUCUCCUAAUAUCUUCAUUGCCCUUUGGACAGAAUAUUGCUUUUCCUAUUGGAUACUGGUUUCCUCGUUACCUGUUGUCACGCCAUUUUUGGGACAUUCAGCAGCGCCAUGAUUUUGCAGUAUUAGCCUUAAAAGAAAGGCUCUACAAUGCUCGUCCAGUCUUCAGAUCAUUGCAAGCUGUUCUUUAUACAAUAAAUGAUCACAAAUAUCAAGAGAAAUGUAGAACAGCUUUUUACAAACUUGGUUCAGGAAUUCAUCCAACUACCAAUGAAAUAGUUUCUCUUUUACCAUUAUUCCAAGACGAUCCAUUCCACAUCAGUAGGAUCUCAUCAACCCAUGUGAAUGGAUUGCUAAGGCUUCAUGGGAGAUCAGUUUGGGGAAGACGCCGCAACCGAUUGAAGGACCAUGCACAUAUUCUGCAUUGCAUUGAUGCUGCUUUAUCAAGGGAAGGAUUUGAUUCACUGAAUCAUGACCAGCUGAAAUCAUGUUUAUUUCUUCGAGGUUUAAACCCAACCAAUAUGAGCACAGUAGCCAUGAUGGAGUUCCUUGAGAGUUGGCUUCAAGUGUCACAGGUUGUUGAUGCUUCAUCUUAUUCUCUGCUUCUUCACUUACCCAUUUUACUGACUUACAACCAACCUUCUAAUAUUGUUUUGAUAUACUAAUGAUAUGCACACC